GCUCAGCAAAGUAAGAAUGAACCUGUAUUUAGAUUAGAAGAGGCACAGGGUGCUUUACCAUUAACUAUACCUAGUCACCAGUCAGACAUAUUAUUCAGGUUCCUUAGUGAGCCGCCGGCGUUGCACAUCGUUGCCCUCGUUUUCGUCGUGUUCUCCGUCACUCUUGCCGCCGCCGGAACUUAUUCUCUAUCCGCCGAACGCCACGAAUUCCGUUCAGAUGGCUCAAAACGGGAAACCGCCGAAGCUUCCUGUGGAAGGGAAGCGCAACAUCCUAAUCACCAGUGCCUUGCCUUAUGUCAACAACGUUCCUCACCUCGGAAACAUCAUUGGAUGCGUUCUGAGCGCCGAUGUGUUCGCUCGCUACUGUCGGGUUCGGGGUUACAACACUAUUUACAUCUGCGGUACUGAUGAGUAUGGAACCGCGACAGAGACUAAAGCCAUGGAAGAAAAGUGCUCUCCCAAGGAGAUCUGUGACAAAUACCACGCUAUACAUAAGGAGGUGUACAAGUGGUUCAACAUAAGUUUUGACGAAUUUGGGAGGACAUCAUGCUCUCAGCAAACUGAAGUUUGUCAAGAAAUUUUUAAAAAAAUAUUUGAGAACAAUUGGCUCUCCGAAAACACAAUGCAGCAGCUUUAUUGUGACACGUGUGAAAGGUUCUUAGCUGAUAGGCUUUUGGAGGGAACCUGCCCGACUCUGGGGUGUGAGUAUGAUUCUGCUCGAGGAGACCAAUGUGAGAAGUGUGGAAAACUUCUGAAUCCAACAGAAUUGAAAAAUCCCAGAUGCAAGUUUUGUCAGAAAACUCCUCGAAUUCGGGAUACAGACCAUUUGUUUCUUGAACUCCCUUUAUUGAAGGACAGAUUGGAAAAAUAUAUCACUGAGAUGUCUGUGGCUGGUGGAUGGAGUCAGAAUGCCAUCCAAACAACAAAUUCAUGGCUCAGAGAAGGACUAAAGCCACGCUGUAUUACGAGGGAUCUAAAGUGGGGGGUUCCUGUUCCACAUGAAAAAUACAAAGACAAGGUUUUCUAUGUGUGGUUUGAUGCACCGAUUGGGUAUGUGUCAAUUACUUCAUGCUACACGCGUGAUUGGGAGAAAUGGUGGAAAAACCCAGAGAAUGUGGAGCUGUAUCAGUUUAUGGGCAAGGACAAUGUGCCAUUCCACACUGUGAUGUUUCCAUCUACUCUACUUGGAACUGGUGAGAAAUGGACUUUAAUGAAGACUAUCAGUGUUACCGAAUACUUAAAUUAUGAAUCAGGUAAGUUUUCCAAGAGCAAAGGUAUCGGGGUAUUUGGUAAUGAUGUGAAAGAUACAGAGAUUCCAGUUGAAGUAUGGAGAUAUUACUUGCUCACAAAUAGGCCUGAGGUAUCAGAUACAUUAUUUACAUGGCCUGAUUUGCAAGCUAAAUUAAAUAGUGAAUUACUGAAUAAUUUGGGCAACUUCAUCAACCGAGUUUUGAGUUUUAUUGCCAAACCUGCAGGUCAAGGAUAUGAUUCCAUUAUCCCCUCCAUUCCUGAUGAUGUAAGUGGUGACUCCCAUAAUUUGACCAAAAAAUUAGCUGAUAAAGUUGCUGCAUAUAUAGACCAAUACAUAGAAGCAAUGGAGAAGGUUAAACUAAAGCAAGGAUUGAAAACUGCAAUGAGCAUAUCUAGCGAGGGAAAUGCAUAUCUCCAGGAAGCUCAAUUCUGGCGUCUUUACAAGGAAAACAAACCACUCUGCGCUCUUGUCAUGAAAACUGCAGUUGGGAUUGUAUACCUUCUGGCGUGUUUAUUGGAACCUUUUAUCCCAUCUUUCACACUCGAAGUAUUUAAUCAACUAAAUUUGCCUGCGGAGAUACAUGUCUCACUUUGUGACGAUAAAGGAGAUGUUGAUAGGGUAAAAAGGCCUUGGGAUAUUGUAAGUUCUGGUCAUAAAAUUGGAACACCCAAGCCAUUGUUCAAGGAGCUGAAAGAUGAAGAAGUGGACUUCUACAGGAAGAAGUUCGCUGGAAGUCAGGCCGAUAGGAUUGUGCGAGCUGAGGCCGAAGCUGAAAAUGUUGCCGAGAAACUGAGGAAAACAAAAGUUUCAGAUGGGAAUGGAAAGAAAAAACCAGCAAAAUCAUCUAAUGAAGCUAAAAACAAAGCCGUGCCUGAACCAGAUAUUACCAUCACAAGGCUUGAUAUUCGGGUUGGCCUUAUAACAAAAGCUCAAAAACAUCCCGAUGCAGAUGCACUGUAUGUUGAAGAAAUUGACGUUGGGGAGGAACAGACCAGAACUGUUGUCAGUGGGCUCGUCAAAUACAUACCACUUGAUGAAAUACAGAAUCGAAAGGUCUGUGUUCUUUGUAACCUAAAGCCAGCCUCCAUGAGAGGCAUUAAAUCCCAAGCCAUGGUUCUUGCUGCAUCAAAUGAUGAUCAUUCCAAGGUUGAGUUGGUUGAGCCUCCCAGUUCUGCUAAAGUUGGAGAAAGAAUUACAUUCCCAGGAAGUGAAGGUAAUCCUGAUGAACUCUUAAAUCCAAAGAAGAAAGUUUGGGAAACAUUGCAAGUCGAUCUUCACACUAAUGAGGAUCUGGUAGCAUGCUACAAAAAUGUUCCACUCACCACCUCAGCAGGCGUUUGCAAGGUUUCAUCCAUACGCGGUGGAUCUAUAAAGUAGACAAGCAUCAAAGUAUUUGGAGUUCAAAAUGAGAAAAAAAAGGCAAUUAAAAAAAAGUAGAAAAACAAUUCUUCUCACUUACCAUCCUAUUGGCAGUUUUGUUGCCUUUUUCGUUAGCAGUAGAUGUAGAAUUGCUUGUGUAAUUUGAUUUGUUUUCUUCACCUUCAUUUCAACUGCUUUUUUUGAUGAGCUGGAGCCAAAAUAUCGACAUUUUUUUUAAUAUAAUUUUGUUUCCUAUUGAAGGAACAUUGCUGGUUUA